UCGAACGCGCGCGCGGGUCCAGAAAAGUGCCGAUCGCGCGUGCGACAGAGUUGCUUGCCAAAGGCACGGGUGAUUACGAGAUGGGCAGCGAAUGCCAGUGCGUCCUUUGCCAGUAAAGUAAGUGAAGUGUGCUUCGAGCAGUGAUAUCAAUCGGCGAUAUCGUUCAAGAGUUCGUUUCGUCGCUUUUUCGCACGGCGACGUUGAUCGAAACACAUUCGUCAGAAUAGGAGUAAUGGCAAUGCAGGAGUAGUUUCUGCAUCGAGCAUGCCGGUUCAGCCGACACUGACAACAUGAACCGGCAGCUGUGCAAGCUCACAAGGGAUGCCGUCAGCGGGCUUUUACUCUUGGUCGAGAUAGGCUUCAACACGGGGCAGGUGGCGAGGCAAGCGAAGUCAAAAAAAGCGGUUGGUUCAUGCAUCAAUGUUGUGUUGACAAGGGGCUUAACCGAUCAGCAAGAGAAACGGUAGCAGAACCAGGCGCCGGUGCAACAGCAACAGCGGCAGCAAACUUAAAAGAUGAAUCUGCUAAACAUUGAUUCGGAAAAUCGUGUCGUACUGAACGUCGGUGGGGUACGACACGAAACGUACAGGGCUACGUUGAAGAAAAUUCCGGCUACCCGUCUGUCGCGUCUAACCGAGGCGCUGAGUAGCUACGAUCCGGUCCUCAAUGAGUAUUUCUUCGACCGGCACCCGGGAGUCUUCGCCCAAGUGCUCAAUUACUACCGAACUGGCAAGCUGCAUUACCCCACCGACGUUUGCGGGCCGCUCUUCGAGGAAGAGCUCGACUUUUGGGGCCUCGACUCGAAUCAGGUAGAGCCCUGCUGCUGGAUGACUUACACUCAGCAUCGAGACACACAAGAGACAUUGACCGUCUUGGACAGGCUGGAUCUGGACACGGAGAAGCCGAGUGAUGAAGAAAUUGCUCGCAAAUUUGGAUUCGAGGAAGCGUACUACAAGAAUCGGCUGACUCGAUGGCAGAAGCUCAAGCCGAAAAUGUGGUCCCUUUUCGAUGAACCUUACUCCUCAACUCCUGCUAAGGUCGUCGGGGUCAUCUCGGUGUUCUUCAUCUGCGUGAGCAUCAUGUCGUUCUGCCUGAAGACCCACCCGGACAUGCGGGUGCCGGUGAUCGCCGACAAGUCCUCGCAGCCGAGCAACAACGGCACGGACUCGUGGCACUUUGACCGGACGCUGACCAACGCCCACGACGCAUUCUUCUACAUCGAGUGCCUGUGCAACUUCUGGUUCAGCAUCGAGUUCCUCUGCAGGAUCACGGCCAGCCCGAAUUUGCUGCAGUUCAUCAAGAGCUCGGUCAACAUCAUCGACAUGAUAGCCACGAUGAGCUUCUACAUCGACCUGGCGCUGCAGCGCUUCGCCUCGCACCUCGAGAACGCCGACAUCCUCGAGUUCUUCAGCAUCAUCAGGAUCAUGAGACUGUUCAAGUUGACGCGACAUUCGAGUGGCCUUAAAAUCCUCAUCCAAACGUUCCGGGCCUCGGCCAAGGAGCUGACGCUCCUCGUGUUCUUCCUCAUCCUCGGCAUCGUCAUCUUCGCGAGUCUGGUCUAUUACGCAGAGCGCAUCCAGUACAAUCCGAAAAACGACUUCAAGAGCAUACCGCUCGGUUUAUGGUGGGCCCUGGUCACGAUGACCACGGUCGGUUACGGCGACAUGGUUCCCAAAACCUACAUCGGCAUGUUUGUCGGCGCAUUGUGCGCCCUGGCUGGUGUGCUCACGAUCGCCCUGCCGGUGCCCGUGAUCGUCAGCAACUUUGCGAUGUAUUACAGUCACACGCAGGCGCGAGCCAAGCUCCCGAAGAAGAGACGCCGAGUCCUCCCGGUGGAGCAACCUCGGGUACCUCGACCGCCCGGCCAGCCACCGGUGCCCGGCUCAGGCGGCAUGGGCCCCGGAACCGGCCCGCCCGGCGGCCACGGCCCCGGAUCGGCCGGUUUCGGCGGCCCCCCGGCCGCCCAGCCUGGCGCGCUUCCCCUCCGCAAUCAGCGGACCAACGCCAUGAAGCCCAAUCACCCCAAGGACCCAUUUGCUUCCAAGACGGAUAAGGAUCGCAAAGGUACAAAUGUGCGAACCAACGGGACCAAGGCAUCCGCUGUCAACGACAUGGCCUAACGACGCCAUUGCAAAUUACGCGCGCUCGGCACGCAACUCGCUGCUCUGCGCCGGCUCAAAAGCUCGAGAGGUCGCAAUCUCGCGAGCGAGACUAGCCCGUGGCAGUGGACGCGCACACGUCAAAGAAGCAAUGGACUAUUACUGCACACCUAAAGCGAUAUGCCGCGCAAAGAAGGGCCGUGCAGCCAGCCACACACUCUCGGGCCACCUCUCGGCCCUCUCUCGGCCCUCUCUCGGCAUUCGGCGCCCAGUAUUUAUACGUAUGUAAGACUGUGAAUAUAUGUAUUAAAUGCGCCCCGACGCGGCCGCUCAAAGCUCCUGACUCAGCGGCUGACAAUCUUUAAGUUUGUAUAUGGAAAAAGCUCGAAAGCGUGAGGUAGCUGAUGCUCCGUUUAAUAGUAUGUAUAAAAACAAACGUUGACUGAGACGGGACAUGCAGCUACAGCGCCAGUUUUGCGAGGACGACGACGAGAGAUCUUAUAUUCUAGCUAUUACGCACUUGAAAAAUAAUGAUCACAUUUAUAAAAAGUAUAUGCAUAUAUAAAUAAUAUAUAUUUGAUUAUUAUAAGGAAAAAUGACUAGGAGAGUCGAACAAGUAGUAGAGAAGGAGUGCCGAAGAUUAGGAAGAAGAAGAGCAGAAGGAAACGGGGGGCCAAAAGAGAG